GGUGGAUCUUUCUGCUGGUGUCCAGUCCUCUUCAGUUUUUUGUUGCUCCUGAACUAAUCAAGCUCUGGACUUUUUCCAGUCACAAAAUCACUAACCUCAAAAACCCUAACAAAUCCUUCCUUAAAAUGAACAUAAUACUAAAACCCCAGCACCUGCUCUCAAAAAAACCAAACCUAACCCAUUUUUUCUCAUCAAAAACACCCAUUCCCUUACCCUAUGGGACAGAAACAAAUGACCCAUCAUACAAAGACGUACCAAAACCUGUUAGAGACAAGUCAGAAAGAAAACCAUAUGUAACACCUAUGAAAAUGCUCAUUAAAAGAGCUAAAGAAGAAAAGGAAGCAAGAAAGUUACAACCUUGUAGAAUGUUGGAGAAUCCACCUGAUAAUGGUUUGUUAGUCCCUCAACUUGUGCCUGUUGCUUACCAAGUUUAUGAAGCCCGUGAAGUUUUGCUUUCUGGGAUUUCUAAGCUUGUUAAAGUUAUUCCUGUUCAGAAGUGCAGGUUCUGCCAUGAGUUACAUAUUGGCCACGUGGGCCAUGAAAUUCGAACCUGCACUGGUCCUGGAAGUGGAAUGAGGAGUUCCACUCAUGUUUGGAGAAAGGGGAGAGUGCAUGAUGUGGUUUUUUCCCCCAAAUCCUAUCAUCUGUAUGAUCGUGUUGGCAAGCCAAGAGUUGUGCAUGACGAGAGUCGCAGGGUCCCUCGUAUCCCUGCCAUUGUAGAGCUCUGUAUACAGGCUGGUGUCGACCUUGAAAAGCACCCUACAAAGAGGAGGACAAAACCCGUGUACUCUAUUGAAGGAAGAAUCGUAGACUUUGAGCAAGCGAAGGAAAAUGAUGAAAAUGAGCGUAAUUUGCAUGAUGAGAACCUUGAUCCUCUGAUGGGUUCUGAUCUUGGGACCAAAUUUGAUGAAGCAAGAAAUUUUAUACUGGAUAAAGAAACUGAUCAAUUGGAAGAAUCACUUGAGGGAGUGACUGAUUUAAGGGAAAUAAGCAUUGGGACCAUGGAGUCAUGGUUCAAAAUGAUAUCUGGGGCAAAGAAGAUUAUGGAAAAGUAUGGUGUGUUAACCUGCGGAUAUUGUCCUGAAGUUCAGGUAGGCCCUAAGGGACACAAGGUGAGGAUGUGCAAGGCAACAAAGCAUCAGCAUCGUGAUGGUCUGCAUGCAUGGCAAGAAGCAACUAUUGAUGAUCUUGUGGCUCCCAAUUAUGUUUGGCAUGUUCGAGAUACGAAUGGGCUUCCUCUGGAUAACAAGUUGAAGAGGUACUAUGGCAAGGCUCCAGCUGUAGUGGAGCUGUGUGUGCAGGCUGGUGCACCUGUUCCAGAUCAAUAUCGAAGUAUGAUGAGACUAGAUGUGGUUCCUCCUGACCGUGAUGAAGUUGAUCUUGUUGCUUGAAUCGAUGUCCCUUUUUAUUAGCUUUUAGACAAGCUGUGGAUGGUGAAGAAAAUUAGAUUUCAUCUUUAGAUGCAUGGCUAGAGCUUCAUUAGGCAUCAUGGUCUGUGUACCACAGCCCUUUGUUUUCUGUUGCUGUCUUGUGGAAAAUGUCAAACUUUGCCCAGGGUUUAUCAGUGGGUUGUUGGUUCUCUUUAA